AUGGUGUCUCUCUCUAAUAUACAAUAAUUAAUAAUAAAUUAAUUGUUACUCAAUAAUUAAUAAAAUCAUUUAUCUUUUGCAUCAACUGUUCAAAGCGCCCAUCCCACUCAUAGGGAAAUUCUCUCUUAAAUUUUAAUUGAUGAUGAAGAUACUAAUAAUGAAGAAUUAGAAAUUUUGCAAGAUUCAAAAAUUGAAUAAAUUGAUUAAGAAUUACAUAUCUACAAUUAAAACUCAUAAAAUGAUGAAAUAGAAGCUAAGUUAUCAAAAUGUUAAACAGAUAAAGCAUUGUUAAAAAUUGAGAAAUAAUAGAGACUUAAUAAUUUUUUGACAUAGCCUUCUCCAUCAAUGUCUCCAAAGGACAAUAUAUAAUAAAAAACGACUUCAAGUUCAAUGUAUUCGACAACAAAAACGACGAUAUAUAAACGAUCUGUUUCACCUAUUUUUACAACAGUUCGUCACUUGUUUUCAGUAAUCAGAAUUUGA